AUGGGCAACAGAGUCACUAAGAGAGACUUUGAGUGGGUUUACACUGAUCAGCCUCAUACCCAGCGCAGGAAAGAGAUUUUAGCUAAGUAUCCAGAAAUAAAGUCUCUAAUGGUUCCUGACUACCAUCUGAAAUGGAUUGUCUCAGGCAUGGUGUGUUAACCCCAGUUGGUGGCCUGUCACCUGGUGCGGGACUUAUCAUGGAAAUGGCUGCUGUUCUGGGCCUAUGCAUUUGGUGGAUGUGUGAACCAUUCGUUGACCUUGGCUAUUCAUGACAUUUCCCAUAAUGUUGCCUUUGGGAAUCGGCAAGCAAAAUGGAACAGGUGGUUUGCAGUUUUUGCUAAUCUACCAAUCGGAAUGCCAUAUUCUGCCUCCUUCAAAAAAUAUCACAUUGAUCAUCACCGAUACUUAGGAGGUGACAAUUUAGAUGUAGAUAUUCCAACGGACUUUGAAGGCUGGUUCUUCUCUACUCCUCUCCGUAAAGUUAUCUGGCUGGUUCUGCAACCGUUAUUUUAUGUGUUACGCCCACUGUACGUAAAUCCUAAACCAAUCAGCCAGAUGGAAGUAUGUAAUGCUCUAAUUCAGUUUUCUGCAGAUUUCUUCUUAUAUUACUUCUGGGGCCUAAAGCCAAUGAUUUAUUUGUUUGCCGGCUCUGUAUUGUGCCUGGGAUUCCAUCCUAUUUCUGGACACUUUAUUGCAGAACAUUAUAUGUUUUUUAAAGGAUAUGAAACCUACUCUUAUUAUGGACCUUUGAAUUUAAUAACCUUUAAUGUAGGUUAUCACGUGGAACAUCAUGAUUUUCCCAGCAUUCCUGGGAGCAAGCUGCCUGUGGUAAGGAAGAUAGCGUCAGAAUAUUACGAUCACCUUCCUCAGCAUUACUCCUGGACUCGUGUUUUGUGGGAUUUUAUAUUUGAAGAUGCAAUUGGUCCUUAUUCUAGGAUAAAAAGAAAAUGUGAACUUGUGAAUAAAAACUAAAGUAAAUAAAUUCUUACAUUAUGGGAAGAACUUUCCAUUUGUUGGUUUUGAGAGAAAAAAAAUUGACUGAUUUUACACACCUGUAAA